GAAGAUUUUUGCUGAAUAAUAUACAUAUAAAGCAAAAUGUUCAGGGCUAUUGUUUUUAUUGCAAUUCUGGCCUUCGUUGGCGUUUGCCAGGCCCAAGUGAACUUUUCGCCCAAUUGGGGAAAAAGGGCCUCAACACCGUCCAACACCGUGGAGAACGAAAACAAUUGCAAGGAGUCCGUCGAAACCAUCAUGCUUAUUUACAAAAUAAUACAGAAUGAAGCUCAAAAAUUGAUUGAAUGCGAAAAAUUCUGAACGCUAGCUAUUCUGCUAUUCUAAAAUGUUUUAUUUUUUGCCCAUGUAUUAAAAUGUUUAUUUGCUGCUAAAAAUAAAUCCCCU